UGGUCAUUCAUUCAUUCCACAAAAACAAACACACUACUCUUGAAUUGUAGUUGAAAGAGAAAAUGAAGAAAACAUCAACUUGUGUGUCCUUUUUCCCUCUUCAUAUUCUUCUUCUAUCUUGUAUUCUUUUCCAAUCCUUUUCUCUAAUGAAGGAUGAUUUGGUGGACCAAAUAUGCAAACAGACACCCUUUUAUGACCUAUGUAGCUCCAUCUUACAUGCCAAUCCUCUAGCUCCAAAAUCUGAUCCUAAAGGUAUGGCCCUCAUAAUGGUCAAUGACAUUUUAGCAAAUGCUACUGACACACUAAGUUACAUUGAAGAGCUUAUCAAACAAACAACAGACAAAGACUUGGAGCAACAAUUGGCUUUUUGUGCUGAGUCAUACAUACCUGUUGUGAAAUACAUUCUUCCACAAGCAGCUGAUGCUAUAAGCCAAGGUAGAUAUGGAUUUGCUAGUUACUCCAUAGUUGAUGCUGAGAAGGAAAUUGGUGCUUGCAACAAGAAAUUUCCAGGCUCAAGUUCACUCUUAGGUGAUAGGAAUAGCAUUAUGCAAAAAUUGGUGGAUGUGGCUGCAGCCAUUGUAAAACUAUUAUUAAAUGGAUGAAUUUUUUUUUCUUAUUCAAUAAAUAAAUAGUUGAUUUUGGAUGAUUCA